UUCUCGUUAUUUUGCUUUUAUUUUGAUUAUUAUUUUUUGAAUAUUUGUUUUUUUUUCAAUUUAAACAGAAUGUGAUGAAAGUGAAUUUUUUUACCUAAAAAAUGUGUUUUAUUUUCCAAUUUUCAAAGAAAUUGAAAUAACUAUAAAUAACACAAAGAUGUAGGAAAAAAAAAGAAAGCAAAUUGCUCAUUGAUAACAGACAGAGCCCUAUAAAAUGGGACGAAAAGUGGUGAAAACAUGCUGUGCCUGUUUAAAAGAUGGCAUGGACUAUAACAGGCUAACAGUAAAAGAGGAAGGCGGUCUCAUGUUAAUAACAAAGUUUAAAAUGUGUAUAGUAGAAGUCCUGUGGUCGCCAACAUUCUUUGCAUGUCCCGACUGUGUUAAAACUCUAGAUAUAGUACAUGCAUUUCGGGCGAAAUGCAUCGAAUCAGACCUAGCUAGGCGAGGAUUGCAACCAGUGUCAGUCAUAAAAGAAGAAACUGACAGCAAAGUGCCAGUGGAAUCUUUAAUUUUGGAUAUAAAUAAUGAAAAUAACAUGGCUAUAGCAGACGAAUUUAAUAAUGAAACCCAUAAGGUUGCUAAAGAAGAGGCAGAAGAAGAAGUGGACAUGCAGCAUGAGGAGGAUUAUUGUCCGCCAGAAAGUUUUAGCAGUGAAGAAGAAUAUCUUGAUUUUAACGAUGACGAUAACACACCCACCACAAACCAAGAGAUGCAGACUAAAGAAAUGAAAACCCAGAGAAGAAAAAGAAAAACCUCAUUUAUAUGUGAUAGUUGCCCAAAAGAAUUUUCUUCUAGUACAAAGCUGAUUAGUCACUGCAAAAAAACACACGGAAUAACUGAGAACAUAAGACCGUAUUCUUGCGAAAGAUGCCCUCAGAGAUUUUUGACCUCCUCCACCCUUUGGCAACACAUAAAAUACCACGAGGGCGUUAAAUCGAACAUGUGCUCCUACUGUGGCAAAGGCUUCAUAACGAAAACCGACCUGACCAAUCAUGAAAAGAAACAUUUAAAUUUAAGGGAAUACAAAUGUGAUUUGUGUAGCAAAACUUUUAAUACUCAUAAGAAUAUCAGAACCCAUAAGCUUAUAGUACACACCGACUCGUCAAACUGGAAAUUCGUAUGCGAAAUUUGUUCGAAACCUUUUCCGAUUAAAUCUAACUAUGACAGUCACAUGCGGCGGCAUACUGGUGAUAAGAAAUUCGAGUGUCAUUUGUGUGACAAAAAGUUCGCGGCUAAAUGCGACUUACAGAGGCACAUUAAGAGUCAUUCUGAUGUGAGGGAUUAUAGAUGUCCCCACUGUAAGAGGGAGUAUAAAGAUGAGAGGGUGCUAAAAGUGCACAUGGCCAAAAUCCACUCGAUAGGCCUGGACAAAGUGAAAAUUCCGGAACGCACUCGAAAAUACGCGUGCAACCUUUGCCCGAAGGCAUAUUUCGCGAAAAAUAAACUCACUAGACAUCUGUAUGGACAUUCCGGUGAAAAACCGUUUUCGUGCGAUAUCUGUGAUAAAAAGUUUAAAGAUAAGUGGUAUGUGAAAACGCAUUUGAAGAAUUAUCACAACAUACUGGAUACGGCGGUUAAAGACGAGGAAAAUAACUUGGAAAAUUCAUUAUGACAUAUUAGGACUAAAUAAGAAUAUCUAAUGAUUGAUACAGAGAACUUGCAAAAUUAUUUCAUUAAAAACAUUCAAAAAUGAUCAUUCGCGUUUAAAAAUGUCUUUAAUAAAUAUCUUUUGUAGACAAUAAUAAAAAAAAGCAUUUGUAUUAA